GCUGUUCCCAUAAUGCACUGCGAAGGAGCAUGGCCGACUCUUGUGUAGGAGUGUCAUCUAAAGGAGAAUGAUUUCGCUGUUUCCUUGCCAUUUCAGCUGACGUUCGUUACAAGCAAUCUAUUAUUCAAGUUUGAGAAGUUACGCCUCUAGAUUAUGUUUUUCUAAUCGCGCUGUGAAGAACAGACGAGUCCCUGCAUUUACUUCCGCAGCAACAUCCUGUGAUAGCUGACCAGAGCCAAGAUGGCAGCAGUUAUAGCCAAGCGUGAGGGACCACAGUUCAUCAGUGAAGUAGCUGUGAGAGGCAACGCCGCCGUGCUGGACUACUGCCGCACCUCUGUAUCGGCCCUGUCUGGAGCAACAGCUGGCAUCCUGGGUCUGACUGGACUGUAUGGCUUUAUUUUUUACUUCCUGAGUGCGUUUCUCCUCUCCCUGUUGCUUAUUCUCAAGGCUGGACGGCGGUGGAACAAAUUCUUUAAAUCACGGCGGCUGCUCUUCACCGGCGGCCUUGUUGGAGGUCUUUUCACUUACAUCUUGUUCUGGACUUUCCUCUACGGGAUGGUGCAUGUGUACUAAAACGGUCUACCACAGAUAACCCUGAAUUAAUCCUAACUAAUGCCACAUCAACCAAUAAUGUUGUCUGUCCUGCUGUUUUUUUUAGAAAAGCUAUUAGUGAAAGACUUUUGGGUUUUCCAUUAUAAACUGUUGAUUCAACAGAGGAUGUGUCAAUAAUUAUAGUAUGCAGAAUAAAAUGUCCUCUUAUCCUUCCUCGUCCACACUUAGCUAUGACUGAACUUAUUAAACCUGUAAAUCCUGCUCUGUGCUUGGUGUCAGCUGUACAAGGAUAAGAGCAGUUAUGAUAAUGUAGGUUGUAUUGUAACAUAGAUUAAAAACACAUCACAUCCACACAAGUUGUAAGUAUUUGGGAUUACAUUUCAUGUACAACACUGUGGUUUAAGAUAACUGAUCUAAAUACUGAUUGAAAUAAAUACCUCUGUACAACUUCACUGAAUAAAUCAUUGAUCGGUU